AUGGACUAUUCUAAUAGAGUCAACUCCAAGAAGGGUUCAGGAGGUGUAGCUGACUCACACGAGACUAAUGUACACACAAGACGGAGACUCAAGGAGCUUUUAACUACUCAAGUCUUGGAUCUCGAUAAUGAUCCGUAUGUCUUCAGAAAUCAUCUAGGGUUGUUAGAGUGCAGACUCUGCCUCACUACUCAUGUUAGUGAAUCGUCAUAUAUAUCUCAUUUGGGUGGGAAAAAGCAUCAGCUUAAUUUAGAAAAGAGACGAAUACUAGAUAAGAAGUUCAACCAGAGAAACCAGCUGCAAAAUAAGAAUAUAAUAAGUAAUGAUAGUAAUGUUGUAUCGAUAAGUAAUACUCCAAUUCGAACAUGGUCAAAGAUCGGAUUGCCUGCAUAUAAAGCCACCAAGAUCAGAGAUCCAACUAGUCUAAGCACUGGGGUGCUAAUCAAGGUGGAAUAUCCACAGCUUGUCAAGAGCCAAGAGGAACCACUUUUCAGAUUAAUGUCUUACUAUGAGUUCACCAGUAAGAACCAAAACAAAAUGGUAUCAUUUUUAGAUAAAGAAAAGAAGGGGGAGGAUCCCAAUGGUUUCCAGUAUUUGAUUAUUAGCGCAGAACCCUACGAGAACAUUUGCAUAGCCCUCCCAAAUAAAGAAAUAGACAAGCCCAAGGAGGAAGGAGAAAUGUCAGACGGUUACUGGUGGUAUUUUGAUAGGGACACCAAAGAAUACUUUUUGCAAUUUAUAUUCAAGUAG